AUGGACCGUAGUGUCAGCCCUCAAGCAAGCCUGGAGCAGUCCGUAGAGGACCUGUCCAUCCAAGACAAGAGGCCAGACCCCGACAUUUCACGCCUCGCCGUGAAAAAGUCGACCGGCGCCAAAUCCACCAAGAAAAAGGAAGUAGUGGCUGAUUCGUGGGAAGAUGACUUGUCUGACUCGGGCUCUGAGACCGAAACGGACGAAGGCACAGCAUCAUCAGCCUCAACAACGGCAAAGAUAGGAAUCAGCUCGCCAUCUUCAAAAUCAGAGGGGCCAUUAGCGCCCCCUUCCACGCCGGCCACAGACUACGGCGAUUUUGUGCCCCAGUGGAAUACUCGUUCGCAGGGGGCAGCGGCUCCCCGAGAGUCACCGCGGGCACGCCCAGAAAAGCAGACGGCCGUAGCAAGCAGAAUGAUUGCCGGUGCGCUAGGUAUACGCGCCCCCAAACGGACCGAGGAGGAGCGAGCAUAUGACAGGGCAGUCAAGGAAAAAGAGAUGAAGCGCCGGAACAAGGCCAAAGAGGAGGCGGCGAGAACCCAGGAGGAAGAAAACAAGGCAAAAUCGGCGGUAUGGGAGGACUAG